AUGGCAUCAAGCAGCACAUUUGACGAUGAUUUGCCAAUGGAAGAAGGAAUGCCAGAAUUGAUUGAUGACGAUGAUGUGCCGAGUGUUUUGCCAUCAUUGUUGGAGCAGAAUUUGGACACGGCGCCGAAAGGAGCAGCAAAAGGAGAUGGUUUCACUUUGGUGGGUUUUUGUUUUGGAAAAAGUUGAAUUUUAUCCUUGGAAAUGUUGUUUAGACUGAAAAAUCAUUCAAAAAUGGUCCGGGAGCUCAAAAGAUCCAGUUUUUGCUGCGCGACUCUCUGAAAAGCACGAAAAUCGAGAAUUCUCUGAAAAUCUCGUUUUUCAGAGCUCGUAACUCAUGUUAGAGAAGAUUUUCUGAACACAGGGCGAUGUUGUGACUUCGGUAAAUCGACCCUUCUGAACAUCACUCUGUAUGCAGUUUUUGAUAAAAUCUUCUCUAACAUGAGUUACGGGGUCUCAAAAACGCAAUUUUCAGAAAAUUCUCGAAUUUUAUACUUUUCAGAGAGUUGCGCACCAAAAACUGGAAAUUUCUCAGCUUGAAAAACUGUACAGAAACAUAAAUGUCACAUUGAGAAUCUUCAAAUUGAAUAUUCAUCCUUGAGAAUCCCCCAUUUCCUUCAUUUUUCCCCUCGAAAUCAUAUGGCAAUUAUACCGCUGCCUGCAAAAAAAAAAACCACUAAAACCCACCAGAUUGAGGUUUACAACAAUAGGCCCGAAAACCAUAAAAAUUGUGUUUUUCGCUGCAAAAAAUGAAUUCUGAUUUUCAUUUUUAAAACAGAACAAAAAAUGAUUUUUCGGCCCCCAGACCACUUUCAAAAGGCAAUAAAAAUAAAGCAAAAAAAAGUUCACAUUUGGUCGAAAAAAAAAGAAACAGGCGUUUUUUUGCUGACUAGGAGGUCGAAAUUUAUGGGUUCUUUUUGAAGUUUCGCCGCCUUAGAGAUUAAAAUUGAAAUAUUAUUAUUACUGUACUUUUUGAGAGGAACAAUUUAUGCGUUUUGGCUAGAAGAAUCCCUAGAAAAUCCAAUUUUUGGCUGAAAAAAAAUGAAUUUUAUUCAGCGGCACUCUUUGAAGUUCGGAAUCCAUUAAAAACGUAUAAAAAUAAAAUAUUUUCUCAUUUUUUUUGUUAUAAAUGAAGAGAUGAAAAAAAGUAGAACAAAUGUUGGGAAGAUUUGAAAUUAUGGGAAAAAUGCCAAAAAAAAAAAUGGAAUUUCUUGAAUUUGUUUUAAUAUUUGACAUUUUCUGGGAAUAUCGAUCUAAAAGCCCAAAUUUUGAUCGUAAAAAUCAGAAAUUCCGAAUUUAUGUUGAUUUUUCACGAGUUUUCAAGGAAUUUUGAUGGAAAAUUUUGAAAAAAAAAUGAAUUUUUCCCAAAUUUCUAGCCCAAAAACCCCUCCAAGCCGUUUUUCGCCAAAAGCAUUUCUACUUUCUCUCCUCUCCGAAUAGAACAUGUCAUUUAUGUUUUAGGUGUUUUUUUUUGCCUGUACAUAUAUAUUUAUGUGUUUGGCCGUGUCGCUUUGCACACACACAUACUGAAUGUGAAUGACAUAAAAUUGCUGCGUCUCUUUUCGCCGAUUUGAACUAUCGGCAAGGCAAUCAAAAGGGAAAAAACACCGAACGACUUUAGGCAGAAUGAAAAAAAACACCUUGGGAGGUCGCAGUUGUUUUUUAUGGGUGUGUUGCGAAAUCGGAAAAAUUGAACUUGAUAUCGAUUUUUGAUAAAAUAUAUGUUUUCCGGUAGUUUUCGACUUGCUAAUCACGAUUUUGUCAUCUGAAAUUGCAGAACUCAACUCCUAAUAUGAGUUAUGACGUGGCAAACUUGGAAAGUUCAUGAAAAUCGAUUUAGAAGCUAGUUAUAACCUCCUGAAGUCCUUAUUUUUCUGAACUUUUCAAGUUUGCCACGUCAUAACUCAUAUUAGGAAUUGAGUUCUGCAAUUUUGACAAUGGGAUUGUGAAAAGCGGGUCGAAAAUUACUAGAAAACGUAUGUUUUAUCAAAAAUCUUGAAAUCUUCUGAAAUUGUUUCAUUAAAAAAGACAAAUUAAGAAAUUGUUCAAGUUUCAAACUCAAAGUUCUUAAAAGUUCAGUUAAAAUCUACUUUUUGGACCGAAAAUAGGUUGAAUAUUUCAGGAAACUCUAUUAUUAGAUUUUAACUGAAAUUUUCAGAUAUGGAGAAUACUUUUUUUUUCAAAAUUUUUCUCAAGAUCAAUAUUUUUCAGGUAAAACGUAAGCGAAAAUCACAUGCCGACAUCGAAAUGGAAGACAUCUCAACUCCAGACGAAGGAAAAACCGAAGAAACCGCAGGCGAAGAAUCAUCGAGCGGUCCAAAAUCCGCAAAACGCAGCAAAGGACAAAAAGGCGAAUUCCGCAACGUCGCCGUUCCAAAACAUCGUUAUACACCUUUGAAAGAAAAUUGGGCAAGCAUUUUCACACCGAUUGUGAAAAAUUUGGGAUUACAAAUCCGAUUCAAUUUGAAGAAACGACAAGUUGAGAUUAGAAAUCCGGAGGAUCGAGAGGAUACGACUGAUUUGCAAAAGGCCGCCGAUUUUGUGCGCGCUUUUAUUUUGGGAUUUGAGGUGAAUGAUGCGAUCGCCUUGAUUCGUCUUGAUCAUUUGUUUUUGGAGACUUUUGAGGUAAUUUUUGGGGAGAUUUGAGAUUUUGAUUAGAAAAUCAUAAUUUUUCAUAUAAAAUUCCACGUGGCAAUCGCACAAAACCUCAUCUUCAGAUUGCCGACGUCAAACAUUCAUUAAAAGGAGAUCACGUGAGUCGUGCGAUCGGUCGAAUUGCUGGAAAAGACGGUCGCACCAAAUUGGUCAUCGAAAACACCACAAAAACCCGCAUCGUCGUCGCCAACACCAAAAUCCACGUUUUGGGAGCGUAUCAGAAUUUGAGAUUGGCCAGAAAUGCUGUUUGUAGUUUGAUCAUGGGUACGUGUUUUGUUGGAUUCUGAUGGGGAAAUUUGAAAAUUGAAAAAAUCUCGAAAUUUCUGAUGACAAAUAUGUGUUUUCUGGUGAAUUUUGAUAAGUUCAUUUCAACUCUGAAAAUGAGCUAUGACGUGGAAAAUAAAAAAAACGUAAAGAGAAAAUCCUCUAGGAUUUCUAGUCUCAGCUGCUUGAAAUAGAAUCUCUCAAGGCCCUUUACCUAGCCAGAGUUGCUUUCAAGCCGUGACCCCUUGUUAUAGUGGUUCUGUAGGCGCGGGUCCUAUACAAUCAGGCUCUCUAGUAUCAGCUACUUGACAUAGUAGAUCUUAAGUCGUGACUCUUAUCCACGGUUGCUCUCAAGGCGCGAUUCCUUGACAUAGUGGUUUGUCUAGGCGCGGUUCUUUGUCUGAGUGGUUUUCUAGGCUCAGCUACUUGAGGUUCUGCUAUUUGAUAAGUAAGAAUUCUAACCCCUCUAGAACACCGUGUAAAAUUCCAGAAUUUUCCCCCCUACAUCCAUGAAAACUGGAAUUUCCUGCAAUUUCACACAAAAAUGACACAUUUCACAUUAUGUUGCUUGAUGGGUUUUCUUUUCUAUUUUCCUAGACUUUGUGUUGCGUUCGUGAAAAAAGUGAAAUUCUUCUCGUUCGUACACCUCUUAGGCGGUGGGGCAGAUUAGUUUCUCCCCCGGGAGAAAUGGGGAGAAAGAGGAGAAAGGUGGUGCACAAAGAGGAGAAACAGUGUAUUUUUGGAGUUUCGCCCCAUUUCUCCUCAUUUCUCCUCGGAGGAGAAAUUAAUCUGCACCACCGCCUUAUCAUCAGAAGAUAGUGCACUUUUUAAUAGCACAAAAGUAUUAUUUUUGUCGAAAGUAGGAAAAAACCCCCCGAAAUAAUACGGUUUUUUCGAUUCGCAACACACACAAAAAGUUGCCUUUUCGUUGUAAUAGGACACACUAUUACAAUAGUUCUGGAAAAAAGACGGAAGAGAAGAUGUUAUCAAUUUGGAGAGGUCAUUAAUUAAUUUGAGAAGUUUUUUGAGAGGGGUUACUGUAGUUUUUGGUAGAGCGCACUUUCCCCACUUAUCCAUCAAACUAUACACACUUGCUACACUUGAAGAUUUCGAGUGUUGAUCUAAUUAGCGAUGUUUCUUUUUUUUUUCGUCUAGACCACUUUUUUUGGGAAAAGAAGGUCGCGAAAAAUGAAAUUUUGAUGUGAAUUUUUAAAUUUUCGAGUUAUGACGUGGCAAAAUUCAGAAUUUUGAACAGAAAUAAGGUUUCUGGCAAUUUUUGUGAUGAAAAUGUUUAGUGGUUUCACAAUUACAGUACUUUUCCACGUCAUAACUCAAUUUCUAUCGCUUGAAAAGUCUGCCACGUCAUAACUCACUAGAAAAUUGAAGAGCUAGCGAGUUAUGACGUGGAAAAGUACUGUAAGCACUAAAUCAAAUGAUUUUUGAAAAGCCUGUAACAUUUUUAUCACAAAACUUGUCAGAAACCUAAUUUCUCGUCUUCAGAAACACUGUUACGGUAUUUUGCCACGUCAAAACCAGGGGGGUUUCCUAGCGAAAUUUGAAUCUACUGUCACAAUUUCGCUCCGACCUCCAAAAGUGCUUUGUGUUCUAGUUAUGACGUGGCAAAAUCACCUUUUGAAACGCUGUGAAGGAAACAAUGUUACAGUAUGUUGCCACGUCACGACAAAUUUUCAACCCUAGAAUUUUGAGCUUACAAUCAGUUUCCUAUCAAAAUUCAAAUCUACGGUCUCAAUUUCACUCUGACCCCCAAAAGUGCUUUCAUUUUUUCGCUCGCCCUCGAAUUGCCACCCAUAAAACAAAAGCCCCCCUUCUCUCACCGAAACGCAGCAGUCGUUUUUUAUUUCGCUUGUUGAUGUUCGUUUCGUGUGUGUGUGUCUCUCUGUCUAUGUUUAUUGAAAGAGGGAAAUGAAACAAGCCCAGACAGACAGACCACACACGAUGAAAAAAUGAUCUUCGUCGUCGUCGCCGCGACUGAGGCUGAACAAACCCCAAUAGUUGUAGUGCACUUUGAACAGCAUACGGUGAAAAGAGAAUUGAGGAGCAGACUAGAGUUGAUUUUUUUUGUGUUUGAAAAGAGUGGUGGUGGAACGGCGGCGAACGCGAUAGAUAGAUAGCUAGAUAACAAAUAUUGAACACUAUUUUUUCUCGAUGAUCAGAAAUCGCGAGAGAGAAAGGUGAAAAGUCGAAUUUCGGUCUGGCUGAUUGUGAAAAAACAUCCGUUAGACUAAAAAAAAAGAAAUGAAAAGAUAAUUGAUUUUAUUGCUGGAAAUCCGCUUGGUUUUAGCUUAAAAUUAAAAUUAUCUGUAACUUUCAAUUAAAAUUUCAAAAUUUUCUAAAAUUCCGUCUUAAACAUCUUUCUACGCUUCGGAGUUCAUUUUGACCAUUUUUGAGAUCUCAUGACUAAAAUUUCAGCUAGAAAUUCUAAUUUCCAGCCAGCCAGCCAAAAACCAGAAAAUGACGAAAAAUCAUGAUUUUCUCCAUGAUUUAUCAGUUUUUCCCAAAAUUGAACAAAUCUGAGAUAUUUAGAGUAUGAUCAGAUGAAAAUCUCAGAUUUGCUCAGUUUUGGAAAAAAACUGAUAAAUCAUUGAGAAAAUCAUGAUUUUUUUUCGUCAUUUUCUGGUUUUUGGCUUGAAAUUACAGAAAAAUUGAAUUUUCAACUGAAAGUUCAUAGGUUACGAGAGCUCCAGAAAAAGGUCGAAAUGAACUCCGAAGCGUUUUUAGACAGAAAUUUCAAAAAAUUUGACCAAAUUUUUAAUUGCCAAAAAUCCUGAGGUAUAUUACAGAUUUCCAGCAGAAAAACUGAAAAAUUCAUCAAAUUUCAAAAAAUUCUAUAUUUUUCUUACAAACUUCAUUAUCGAUUUUAUACCCCAAAUAAUCAAUCAAUAAUUUGCUUCUAUGAAAAUCCAGGAUUUUUCCAAAACUUUGACUAGAAAAUUGAAAUAUUUCUUUCGAAAAUUUUCCCCACGCAAAAAUCAAUCAAUCAAUCCAUUUUUGCAGGCGCAAAUCCAUCAAAAGUAUACGGUAAUUUGCGUAAUAUGGCAUCACGUGGAGCUGAACGUCUCUAA